ACCAAGGGUACGUCCAGCUUUGGUAAGCGGCACAACAAGUCGCACACCCUGUGUGUGCGCUGCGGCAAGUCGUCCUUCAUGAUCCAGAAGGGCCGUUGCGCUGCAUGCGGUUACCCCCGUGCCCGCAAACGUUCUCCCGGUAGCAACAAGGCCAUCCGCCGCAAAACCACCGGCACUGGCCGCAUGAAACACCUGCGCGAUGUCCAGCAGCGCUUCAAGAACGGCUUCCGCGAGAACACUGCUGUAUGUUACCGUGCUUGGCCCCCCAUUACCUGCGCUCCCACUGUGCAUGGUGGCUUUUGCUGUUCAGCGCGCUCUGUUUUGACUAUUAUGGAUUGA